AUGCCUUCAUUUUUGAAAACUUGCUUCGUGGCUCCGGCAUUUUUGGCCCUGGCUCACGCACAAGGUGUAAUUCAACAGGCUCAGGGUGAAGCUGGACCAGCCAGUCUGCCGCUGCAAGUCGACCUCACCAAGGCCGAUGCCAACGUUAUCAACUCGGUCGAAAUCACCACCAAUGUGGUCAACGAGUGCGGACGCACGCUGCUAGCCGGCAACAUUGACGUGGGCGAAAACACCGAGACGCAGCUGGCCAAUGGCACCGUUACCCAGGUCACCGCGGGCAGCAACGUGACGUUUACCAUUGCUCAGCUCAAUGACGACGGCGUGGGCCCCUAUACCUGCGACCUCGACGAGGCCGGCAACGUCCAGGGCGCCACUGGCCAGAAGCAGCUCGCUGUCUCGGAGCAGGAUGCCAAGGAUGGUACCAUUACCCUGGUGGCUACGCUACCUGCUGAUUUGAAGUGUAUUGGAGCCUCUACUGGUGACGUCUGCACAAUCCGGUGUUUUAACUCUGCAGCCGCUGGCCCGUUUGGUGGUUGUGUAGCUGUGCAGCAGACCGACACCACUCCCAACGUCAACACACCCGAGAACAUUUCCACUCUGCAGACAGUCUCGGGCAUCACGGCCCAGGUCGCGCAAAACGAAAAGGACCUCGACGCCGCCAAGGCCGCCAACGUCGAGGCGCCCACCCAGGGAGACCAGGGCGUCGCCGCCGUCGACGCCCUGCUGUCCAUUGACAGCGCCGCGGCCGCUACCGCCGGCGCUGCCGGUGCCGUGGCCACGGGGGCUGCCACUACCAAUGGUACCGCCAACACUGGUAACACUGGUGGCAAUGGAAAGAAGGGCAAGAAGAACAAGAACAACAACCGCCGCGGUUUCACCUUUUCCGCUUAG